GGACUUUAUAAGGAGGGCAGAACACCUGAGACAACUCACUGAGGUCAGAUAGCCCCGCUGCUGUCCUGUCCUCUUCUACAGCAUCAUUUUAAUUCUCACUCGUCUCCGUCUGUGAUUCUCACGUGUCUCCAUCUCUCUGUCUGUGACUCUCCCUCCACCUCUCUGUCUGUGAUUCUCACGUGUCUCCAUCUCUCUGUCUGUGACUCUCCCUCCACCUCUCUGUCUGUGAUUCUCACGCGUCUCCAUCUCUCCGUCUGUGACUCUCCCUCCACCUCUCUGUCUGUGACUCUCCCUCCACCUCUCUGUCUGUGACUCUCCCUCCACUCUCCCUCCAUCUCUCCGUCUGUGACUCUCCCUCCACCUCUCCAUCUCCCCUUCCACCAUGAGCCUGAGGUCCAAGCGUAUCAGCAGCUCCAGUGACUCUGUGCGGAGACACAGCGGGGGCUUCGGUGGCAUGUCCCUGGGUAGCAGCUCUCUGUACGCGGGGGGCUCAAACGGCCACCACAGCAGUCCUUUCCACUCAGUCUCUGUCAACAGGAGCCUGCUGGCCCCCCUUAACCUGGAGAUCGACCCCAACCUACAGGUGACGCGCAUCCAUGAGAAAGAGCAGAUCAAGGGCCUCAACAACCGAUUCGCAUCCUUCAUCGAUAAGGUGUGUUUCCUGGAGCGGCAGAAUAAGGUGUUAGAGACUAAGUUUGACCUGCUGCACGGUAAGCAGACGGGCCGCUCCAACAUCGAGCCGCUGUUUGAGGCCUACAUGGCCAACAUGCGUUGCCAAAUGGACCUGGUGAACAACGACAAGACCAAGCUGGACGGAGAGCUGAGGAACAUGCAGGGUCUGGUGGAGGACUUCAAACACAAAUACGAAGAUGAGAUCAACAAGAGAAAUAAUCUGGAGAACGAAUUUGUGAUCCUGAAAAAGGAUGUGGACUCAGCGUACCUGGUGAAGGCAGACCUGGAAAACAAGGGAGGAGCUCUGACUGAUGAGAUAAACUUCCUCAGGUCCAUCUAUGAGGAGCUGCGUGAGAUGCAGGCCAGCAUCAGGGACACCUCUGUGGUGGUGCAGAUGGACAACAGGCGAGACCUCAACAUGGACCAGAUAGUGGCUGACGUCAAGGCUCAGUACGAAGACAUUGCUACCAAAAGCCGAGAGGAGGCUGAGAUGUGGUACAAAUCCAAGUUUAACCAGAUGGCCGUCCAGGCCAUGCAGUACGGAGACGAGCUGAGGAACACCAAGGGAGAGAUAGCAGAAAUCAACCGCCUGAUCGGCCGUCUGCAGAGUGAGAUAGAAGCUGUCAAAAGACUGCGAGCCAACCUGGAGGACCAGAUAGCCGAGGCUGAGGGCCGCGGGGAGCUGGCUGUGAAGGAGGCCAAGUCCAAGAUGAGAGAUCUGGAGGAUGCUCUGCAGAGGGCCAAGCAGGACAUGGUCAGGCAGCUCAGAGAGUACCAAGACCUGAUGAACAUCAAGCUGGCCCUGGACAUAGAGAUAGCCACCUACAGAAAACUACUGGAGGGAGAGGAGGACAGGAUUGGACAUCAAUCUAUUCUCAACAUCCAGUCAGUGUCCAACUACAGUUCUAGGAGUUUCAGUAAUGGAUACCAUAGCAGCUCCAUCUCCCCUACACCCAAGCUGCUGAUUAAAACAACUGAACAAAAAGACAGCUCCAGAUUCAGCUCUCAUUAAAAAACCCUGUCGGAUCCUUCUGGCUGAGGGUGAAGAACCAUUAUAUAAGACUUUAUAACAGAUCUAUAGCAACUUUCUGGAUUAUUUUUGUCAAUCUACAUUCUGUAAAGAGCAUGAGAGAAUAACAUAAGAUCAUGACAUGUUAGAUGUGUGUUUGUAGCUAGAGGAAUAUAAACAUUUGGUUGUUCUUACUGUAAAGAAAAUUAAAAAAAGAUAUGUAUCAGUAUAUAAAAAUAUGAAUUUCGAGAAACCGUUUGUCUUAUUUGGUGCAUACAGACUGCUAUGCAACAGCUGGAAUAGAGGUCAAAACCCAUUGUAGUGAGACAGUAGACUAAUAACAGCAUCGUCCUCAUGCAGCGAGUUAAUGGUUCUUAUAGGGUUAGGAAACAGGACACCACCAACUGGGUUUGGCUAUCUACUUCCUGUGUCACAGGUGCAUGCUGUAGACAGGGCUAAUAGAGGUGAUUUUCUACUGAACUUACUGAGAGAGUUCUGUUAAAGUUUAGAAUUCAUUACAUUAACAAACUCCUCUUCUUCAGAUAGAUGAUCUUUCUUUAGAAAACUGCCAAGCUUGCUCAUCAUCUCCCUUUUUCUCUACGGUUCUUUAAUUGCAUCAGCUCUUUGGCGCGUUUAAUGGCUACCACGAAUGACUUUAUAUUUGAAAAAAUUCCCCAUCUACUUCCAUGACCCAUGUCUUUUCUUGCAAAAAAACAUCUUUAGCUAAUGCUAAUCGAUGAGAUUCAUGUAGCUAGUACUGGUCGUUGUGACGUUCCUGGAGAACCUGCUCCGGUUCCACCAGGAACACCAUCACCAUGUCAACCACCGCAAACGCCUAACCGACUUCGGACACCGGGGGGUUCUGCCUUGAUGAUGCUAUUGACACUCUACGGGGGGAUACCUGUGCACCAUGCGGGGAUACCGCUACAUGAACAAGCAGAAAGAGCUGCAGGUCGCGACAGAAAAACCAGGAAGUAGAGGCCUUCAGUCCAUAG